AUGCCUGCGAUUGUGAAUCUGCUCUUCAACACAGUCUCCACCAACACCACCAUCUCCUUCUCUCUGGUGCUGCCUCUGGUCAGCAUCCUCUCUCUGCUGGUGGGAGUCGGAGGUCACCUACUCAUGUGGUUGGUUUUGAUGCGUAACCCUCGGCGUCGUUCAAAGCCCAGCUCGGUCCUCCUGUUAAACCUGAGUUUUGCUGAUCUGUGCGCUCUGCUCACCUUGCCCUGUGUGCUGCUGAGCGCCAGCUCUCAGAACUGGCAGCUGGGAGGAGGCGUUUGUGUGUUGUUGAGCUUCAUGACCUCCCUGACCGCUGGAGUGGACAUCUUCAGCCUGGCUGCGCUCUCUGUGCUGCGUUAUCGAAUAGUGGCUCCCUCGACACGGCCUCCAGCCACCCCUGCACAGGUAGCUGGCACGGUUGCUGUUAUCUGGCUGGUUUCCAUCGCCAUGGCCCUGCCUAAAGUCACAUACAUCCAGUUUGAUGGUGGCUGCACGUGGUCAGUAGGUCGCGGCCACUGGUUAGGCUUCCUUGUUCCUGCAUUUCUAGUGUAUUACGUGGCUCCUCUCCUCUGCAUUGCCCUGCACUGCGGGCUCAUCAUCACACACCUCUACCGUUGCCGGGGCACUCUAGCCGCAGACCAUCGCAACAAAAAAGCCACCGCCCUCCUCAUCGGCUCCACACUGGUGUUUGCCAUCAGCUGGCUGCCUUACUACGUGCUGGAGUUCGUCAAUGUUUUAUCGCCCUCCCUCAAUUCUGCAAGCCCCGGCCCCGAUCCCACCGCCCCAUCAUCAGCGUCAAGCACGGAGGUGUCUCUGCUGUGGGAGGUGACCUCGCUGUCUGCCAUUCUCCUGAUUUGUCUGGCACCUUGCUGGAAUCCACCACUCUACUUCCUGCUAUCUAAACCGGCCCUGAGGCAGCUGAGAGGGCUGCUCAUGCACCAGCACUGGAGAGCUGCUACCCUCCUGCAGCACAUAGUGCCAAAACACGCUCCCACACAACCCCACUCACAGGCUGGGUCUCAACACCUUCCUCAGCACAUACUACCAGCAACGCACUCACAAUGA